AUGACUGACGAUCAGUGGACUUCGGUAACUAACGCUCGACAUGGAAAUUCUCGUAUUAAUAAAUCAUCAUUUGGAACUCGAGGAGGAAGAACAAAACCAUCAUACAAGAACAAUAAAUUAUCGUCAGCUAAUAAAUCUUCGGAUCAUUUAAAUAAAAAUUCAUCUUCAUAUAAUAACAUAAACAAUAAUAGAUACGCAUUUCCAUCAAAUAUUAAUUAUGAACAAGGAUUUAAUUUAUUAAAUGAGGGUGAAGAUGAAAAUGAAAAUGAAAAUGAUUCUUCUGAUGACUCUUUAGAACAAGAUGAAAAUAAUGAUUCUUUAUCAUUGAAACCUUAUCAUAUUGAAUUAUCAUUAAAAUGUCCUUUUAAAAAUUGUCAAAAUGAAUUAUUAAAUAAUAGUACAAAACUUAAUGAUCAUUUAAAAGAAUUACAUAAUUUACGUUUUGUUAAUUUACAUCAUGUUUAUUUAAUUAUCGAAAAAUAUUUGGAUAUUUGGUCAAAAAAAAUUAAUGAUGAUAAUGUUAUUCAACAAUUAAAGAUUGAAAUUGAUAAUGAAGUGUAUGUAAUUGAUCCAGAAAAAUUUUCUGAUGAUAAAAUUUUACGAGAAAAACUUCAACUUGAUAAAUUGAACGAAGUUUUACAAAUUCAAGCACAUGAAAGAAAUAAUGAUGCUAAAUUAGAGCGUAAAUGUUUAUUUUGUAAAAAUAUUUCCGAUAAUAGGACUAUAUUAUUUCGUCAUAUGUUUAUGGAACAUAAUUUCAACAUAGGCUUGCCAGAUAAUCUUGUAAACGUUAAUGAUUUCUUAGCAAUUCUCGAAGAUAAAUUAAACAAUCUUCAAUGUUUGUAUUGUGAAAAAAGAUUUACUACGCCAGCAGUUUUACGUAAACAUAUGCGUAAAAAGAAACAUUUUAAAAUUAAUGCAAGAAAUAGAAUUUAUGAUAAAUUUUAUGUUAUAAAUUAUUUAGAACCUGGAAAAAAUUGGGAAACAUUUGAAAACGAAAAUUAUGAAUCUGACGAAGAUUACAAUAAGGAUGACUCUUGGGAUGAUUGGAAUGAAGAAGAAUAUCAAUCAACAAAUUGUCUUUAUUGUACUAAUAUAUCAUCAACAACAAAAGAAUGUUUAAAUCAUAUGGUUAAGGAACAUAAUUUUAAUUUAUUAGGAAUCAAAAAUAAAAUGGGACUGGAUUUCUAUCAAACAGUUAUUCUAAUUAAUUAUAUUCGAUAUAAUGUUAAAAACAAUACUUGUAUGGCAUGUUUAACAAAAUAUGAGAAUUCAAAAGAUUUAUUAGUUCAUAUGAAUAAUGAAAAUUGUUUUGUAAAACUUCCAUCAUUAGAUAAUGAAUUCUGGAAAGACCCAAAAUAUCUUUUACCAACUUUACAAGAUGAUCCAUUAUUAGUUGGAUUUGAAGAUUCAAGUGAUGAUGAUAAAGAUGAUGAUUUAUUGUUACAUAUUCCAGAUAAUACUAUUGUUAUACCUGAAAAAACUCCUGAAAAUUUGGAGGAACAAUUCAAACAUUUAUUAAAAAUCAAUAAAAUUUGAUUAAUGAAAUUUGUUACUAAAAUUAUGUUAUAAAUGUUGGUAAAUACUUGAAUUUAGAUUUUAAUACUUAACAAAAAAAUUUGGAAUUUGGAAUUUGAUAUAUAUAAAUUAAAUUUGAAAUUUGAAAUUUGUUAUUUAGCAA